CGUGUGUCCUGCAGGGGGCAGACGAGAGUCAGCACCGGUUACCCAGCAACACGGUGUAAAUAAUACGGCUGCAGAGCAGAGGAGAAAUGAGCAAAGCGUUGUUUUCAACCUGAGGAACCCAUGAGCUAACGUAAGGAGGUGCUGACCGAGUUCAUCCUGGAAGCAACACCCCACGGCUAAAACACAGAUUAGACAGACAGCUGAUGUUUGCUGGUUAGUCAAUGGGGCUGUUUGACAAGCUGGCAGGAUGGUUGGGCUUAAAGAAGGAGGUGAAUGUUCUUUGUCUUGGUCUCGACAACAGUGGAAAGACCACGAUCAUCAACCAACUGAAGCCCACCAAUGCCCAAGCUCAAGACAUUGUCCCAACCAUUGGCUUCAGCAUAGAGAAGUUCAAAACAUCCAGCCUUUCCUUCACCGUGUUUGACAUGUCCGGUCAAGGCCGAUACAGGAACCUCUGGGAACAUUACUACAAGGAAGGCCAGGCUAUCAUAUUUGUCAUUGAUAGUGCAGACAAACUGAGGAUGGUAGUGGCUAAAGAAGAGCUAGACACGUUGUUAAAUCAUCCGGACAUUAAACACAGGAGGAUCCCUAUCCUGUUCUUUGCUAACAAGAUGGAUGUCAGGGAUGCUCUGUCUUCAGUCAAGGUCUCACAGCUGCUAUGUUUGGAGAACAUCAAAGACAAACCGUGGCACAUCUGCGCAACUAAUGCCCUGAAAGGAGAAGGUCUGCAGGAAGGAGUUGACUGGUUACAAGAUCAAAUCAAAACAAUGAGAACAUGAGGUCGUGAGCAGAAAAACACUGGAAGUAACAUCGUCCUUUGAAGUCUUUAAUGACAGACAGGUUGAUCAUGUUGUAAGAGGUACAAUGAAAGACAGUACUGUUUGUGAUUUUAGUCUGGCAUUCAGAUGCUUAGAUAAUGGUACCAGUAAAAACACUGGAAAAAGCAGCCACAGUCCUAAAUUAUAUGGCCAACAGUAACACGUUUGAUUUUACUGUUUCUACCUUCCUGUGUAAACUAUCAAUGACAGAGAUCAUGAGUUAGCUGCUCUUUAAAGGUUGGUGAUUGUUGUUGGUGCUAUCUUUCGUUUACAGAACAUAAUUGUCUAGAAUAUCAUGUAGAAAUCAUAUUUUUCAUCCGUCUUUGUCCAACUAAUGAUAUGUGCCAGGUUUUCUGAAGUAACACCAAGUUUGAAAUCUGAUUUAUUCACACUGGCGCUGAAUGAUUCGCUUUGUGGUAUUGCUGCUUUUCCGCUGGUUCACACUUACUGAUAUUAGUGUAGUGCUGUUGGUUUUCUACUGGCCUCACAGCAAGAAGGACCUGGGUUCGAUUGCGAAUUGAGACACCCAGGCACCUACCUUUGUGAUGUCUCACUCACUGAGUUCUUUCAGGGUAUUCAGGCUCCCUCCCACCAUCCAAAAACAUUCAGUCAGGUUGAUUGGAGAUUUCAAAUCGCCCAUACAGUAGGUGUGUGAGUGAAUGGUUGUCUGUGUGUAUCCUUAUGAGAAUGAAGUUUCAGAUGAUGAGUGUAGCGUUGUGUAAUUUUAUCACACAUUCAAUGCACCCUCACAGCAGGACAUCAACUCUCAGCUUCAGAGUAGACGCCAGUCAAAACUGAAAGUAAUGGCUGACAUUAGAAAUAGAUUGUAUCCUCUAAAAUAUGCCAAAAGCUCCACUUAAAAUGUUUUCAUCACUUCUGUAAGGCCUCAGCUGUUAAAAUGCUGUUCAUGUAUGAUAGGACCCAGUACAUGCUGUAGUAAAUGCUGUUAUGAUGUGACUAUGGCUGAAUGUGUGUGUAUACUGUAUAAAUAUUGGUUAACUUAGUUGUUGUAACAAGUGAUGAAUAAAUUUUUAUAAAUGCACCUCAAA